AUGGCAACAACACUACCCUAUCGACCGUCGAACGACUCCCUCUCCGCCUCGCAUAAUCGACAGAAUAGCGGUCUUCCUCGACUCUCCCCUGCGGCCUCCUUUAUCGGACGCUCACCUAGUAGCUCACAUAGCUCUUUCAGACGAAGGUCCACGGAGCAUGGGGCUUCAGGCUUUAGACCUCGCCGCUGCAAGGCGCAGUACCCGCUCGACUCGCCAGAACGCCAUGUGGAAUACAUCUUGGUUGCGUCCUUCCAUAUCGAUCGGGGCCCGAUCAUGGAACACCAGUAUCCCGCUGCCAUUAGUGGCGACGAGAGCAUGCUUGCCGAGCUGAUGCUACCGGAUCAGACACACGUGCGGAGUCAGGACUGGACCAUGUUCUUUUUACACAAGGAUACCAGUGGUGAUGAAGAAACGGACUCGACGAGUGGAAAAAAGAAGAGGAAGCGGAAGUCUAAAUACAUUGCGAAUCAGGAGGGGAUCGAUUCUCAGGAUGACGAAUUGGAUGAGGCCUCCGAUGAUCCCGACAGUAGUGACGACGAGGGUGGUGAAGGGCCACCCCUGAUGUAUGUGCUGAAUCUUGUCAAUACUAAGCAAGAUAAUACUGUGAGACGAGGCGCAGUAGUCAAAGCGAUGGCUAUCUGUACACGACAUUCGUUCCUACACAUCUAUAAACCUUUACUUCUUCUGGCGCUAGAGGACUACUUCAAAUCACCGUUUCCCGAAACACUGGAAUCCCUGUAUGAUGCUGUCAACGCCAUGGAUCUUUCGUUGAUGCCGAAGAUGUCAAUACUUGAGCGCCAUAUCCUGCAAUCUACCAACACAAAGGAUAUGUUCAUCGAGAAAUUUGAACAAAUGAUCCGCCAGCGCGAGGAAGAAGAAUUCGAGGACGAGGAAUGUCCACCAUCACCGAAGAAAAUGAGCCGAUACGUCCUACCGCGGGAUACACAUGAGUACGAGUCGAGGGUGGUCUACAAUGAUAUCCCAAUCCCCGUCAAAAUCCCGACGGUGAUCUGGCCGGAGACUGUUGGAGACUUCUCCCUCAUCAAACUCAUCCAGACCUUCGCUGUACCUCACGCGACAUCCCCUCUGGCUUUCCCACCACAUCCCCAUCUGACAACGAGUGGACCAUUCACACACCCCGUUGUUGUCCUUGUCAACGCUAUCCUCACUCAGAAACGUGUCGUGUUUCUAGGGCACAACCGGCCAUCGGGAGAAGUGGCGGAGGCGGUCCUGGCGGCCUGUGCCCUCGCAUCCGGUGGCAUCCUGCGUGGAUUCACCCGACACGCAUUCCCAUAUACUGAUCUGUCCAAAAUUGACGAUCUUCUCAAAGUGCCUGGUUUUAUUGCAGGGGUUACGAACCCAACCUUUGCCAACCAUCCUGAAUGGUGGGAUAUCAUGUGCGACCUACCCACAGGUCGUAUCAAGAUCUCAAGCCAUGUUGAACCUGCACCGAUAACAGAAGGACUUCUGUUCUUCCAGCAACAAAAUUCUCUGCUACCAAACAACGUAUCCAAUACGACUGGGGAUCCGACAGGCGACACAUUAUUUAUGGAAGAUAUCCUCCGCAGCAUCAGCCAACGACAUGGCGAGAAUGCUGUGCGCGCCAAAUGGCGUGCAUAUAUCACAAAAUUCACCAGAGUUGCUGCAGCCUUUGAAGAAGCAGUCUACGGCGCCUCAAAUCUCUAUAUCAUCGGCCCAGGAGAAGAACUCUCCCCAGACAGCCCAACAGGCCAUCAAAGCGAUGCUAGCGACCCAACCACUCUACGCGGACACGGAUACGUCUGGACCGACGAAACGGCGAAACAGCGCGAGCUCUCAGCAUCAGUCUCCCGAAUCGAAGGCUGGCGCAACACCCGCUCCUACUACUCCUACAUCCAAGACAUCGCAGCAAUGUACUUCCCCGCACGCCCAAUCCAACGUCCAGACAUCCACCACCAUCAUGAUCGCCUCCGCACUCUUAAACUCUCUCACCCCGAAGCUGCUUCCAUCUACAUCGCCCUCUCCCACUCCGUCAAGGACUACGCUGGCAUCUGCCAACUCCUAACCGUAGCACCGGAGAACCAGGCCGGUCUUUUCUAUCUCAGCAUGGGUCUAUUCCAUCCAGAUCAGGCUGUCCGCGAAGCAACAGCCGAUCUAUUAGAACGCAUCGCCGCACACCCCGCCGGCCGCCAUUUCUGGACACAUGUCGGUCGGUUCGCGAAACUAGGGUACAUCCGCGUGAAGCGAGAACAAGAUGCCGCGGGGCAAUCUCCCACAUCCGGUGCGGCGUCGCCCGUCCCCAUGAGUCCCGGAGCUAGCUUUGGCGCUACCUUUGGGACUAACUUUGGAGGUGAACCGCAGAGUCUUGUCGGUGUUGCUAUGGGAGAUGUGUUGAAGAGGAGGAGCUGA